AUGUCGUCUAAAGAAGACAGUCCUCCACCUUAUGAGGAAGCAGUACAACAGCCGAAGUAUGGAACCUCCCCCCAGCAGCUGCAGCAUGGCUCCCCUCUUCCACCGCCUCCAUCCUACAGCCCCAGUCCCGGGAUGUACCCUGCCCCUGGCUUCUCUCCAACCGGGAUGCCCACCUCAAUACCGACUCUGUCUGCUGGAGUGCACGCGUUGAACUCAGGAGACAUGGAGGAUCUUCUGAGCGCCCAGUGGGAGAGCACGUCUAUUCGGCAUGGCUUCAUCAGAAAGGUUUACUUAAUUCUAACAGCACAGCUUGCCGUCACCUUCUCAGUCGUUGGCGUCUUCACAUUUGUGGACCCAGUGAGGCUGUUUGUCAUCAAGUACCCUGGCGUCUACUGGGCAUCUUUUGUGGUGUAUUUUUUCGUGUACUGCAUUCUCAUCUGCUGCAAAGAGCCGAGGAGACGUUUCCCAUGCAAUCUUAUACUGUUGGGAGUAUUUACUCUCGCCUUGUCUUACAUGUCUGGAUCCAUUUCGAGCUAUUAUGAAACAAAAGCCGUGCUCCUGGCCAUGGGAAUAACAGCAUUAGUUUGUAUAGCUGUCACAAUCUUCUGCUUCCAAACCAAGGUGGAUUUCACCUCCUGCGGGGGUCUCCUCUCUGUUGCCGCUGUUUUACUCAUGAUCAUCGGGAUUGUUACGGCAGUCGUCCUCUCCUUCCACUAUGUCACCUGGCUGCAUAUGCUCUACGCCGCAAUUGGAGCCGUCGUUUACACUCUGUUUUUGGUCUACAACACGCAGCUUCUCAUUGGAAACCGGGAGUUAGCCAUCAGCCCAGAGGAGUACAUCUACGGAGCGCUCUCUCUCUACGUCGACAUCGUUCAUAUCUUCCUCUUCAUCCUUCAAGUCAGCGGAGCAGCGACUGACUGA